CAGGGUCCCCGCGGCGGCUCUCGGCAGUUGAGAAGAACGGUGGAAACAAGUCCUCCAAGCAGCCUGCGCCGCCCGGCACACUGUUCAGCUAGCCCACGUGAUCUGCCGCUCCGGAAAUGACGCGCUGCCUCGCUGGCAGUGCGGAAGUGGAGAUGGCGGAGCUGUACGUGAAGCCGGGCAACAAGGAGCGCGGCUGGAACGACCCGCCGCAGUUCUCAUACGGGCUACAGACCCAGACUGGCGGACCCAAGCGCACGCCGCUCACUAAGAGGGUCGCCGCCCCGCAGGAUGGAUCCCCCAGAGUCUCCACCUCAGAGACUUCUCCUGGGCCACCUCCAAUGGGGCCUCCGCCUCCUUCAAGUAAGGCCCCUGGGCCCCCUUCUGUGGGGAGUUGUCCUGUCUCCAAUGUGGAGCCCACAAGUUUCCCAGUCAUCGAGUCUGAGGCUCUGAUGGAGGAUGUGCUGAGACCUUUGGAACAGGCAUUGGAGGAUUGCCGUGGCCACAUGAGGAAGCAGGUAUGUGAUGACAUCAAUCGACGCCUGACACUACUUCAGGAACAGUGGGCUGGAGGGAAGUUGUCAGUGCCUGUAAAGAAGAGGAUGGCACUACUGGUGCAAGAGCUUUCAAGCCACCGGUGGGAUGUAGCAGAUGACAUUCACCGCUCCCUCAUGGUUGACCACGUGACUGAGGUCAGUCAGUGGAUGGUAGGAGUUAAAAGAUUAAUUGCGGAAAAGAGGAGUCUGUCUUCAGAGGGGGAUGCCAAUGAAGAGAAAUCUGCAGCAGCUGCUGAGGAGAAUCAAACUAUACCAGUCUCUCAAGAGGCUCCAUAAUUCUGGGGAUUCCCCAGACUCACCUAUGCUUUGGUGUGGGAGGCCUUCUCUCACUUGACUCCCUUUUACCACCAGGGAGACUGUCCCAUUGGAACAGACCCAAGAUCCAAUCUGGGAUAUAGGAAGGUCACUUGUUAACCCAUAACACAUGCAUUUCAAUAAAAACAUCUCAGUGGUGGGCACUGGGUGGGAAGAGAUGAGCCCUUCAUAUGUCAAACUGGUCCCCACUGCUGUCAUUGACUGCCCCACUCCUUGCACACCUACAAACUAUAUUCUCCUUCCUCCACACAUCAUGAAAGACCUAGCUGGGCAUGACCAGAUUGCUACUUGCCACUUUUACCAAAAAGUUAGAUUGAAAAGUCCAUUCCUUGCGGAGCAGUCCUGGUCUUUGAAUGAGUUCAUUUCAAAAUGAGGAUAGAUUAAAAUAGCAUAGCAUGGGUAUGUUUUUCUUUCAAAAGAAGACUCCCUUAUAUACCUCCCAUCUUUAAAGUAUACAGAUGCUAGAGAUUAGAACCAGAAAGUAUGGUUUUUGCUAUAGAAAAUGAAGGAGAUGACCAAAUUACUGAGAUUUGGAAUUAUUACUUUUGACUCAUCAGGUAAGCUCCUACCUCAUUUUGAGCUUCAGUGUGGACCAUUAAGGUUUCUUCUAAACCUGGGUAAACAAUAGAGCUCAUGGAAGGGACUAGAGAAGUCCUUGGUGAUAUUGAGCUAUGAGAAAGAAAGGUAUAAAGUUUUCAGUAUUGGAAUGGGGAUUAGUACACAAGUAGGAGACAGCAAAGACAAGGGGAAACAAGGGAUUUGGCUACAGGCUGUGACAUCACCUCAUCUAGGAGUGCUGCUAAGGAAUGGAUAGGGGAGGGGUUGGUGGGGAGGCCCAGUUCCAGGAAGACUGCUUCCUGGAAAGACAGGAACAUCCCUUGGCAAGGGCCAGGCUAUUGCUGUUUAUGUUUUGGUGACUCCUAUGGUCUGCCCCAGGCUGCUGGAAGUUGGCCAAGGGGGAGCUGGGAACAGACCUGGGCCUUUCAACCACCCUGUUAGGGCCCUCAGCUGUGUGGCUGAGAUGAGAAGAUCACCAUUGAGGAGAAGACUGGAGCCAAAACAUUUCUUUAAAUGUUUACUAAGCAGCUAGAAGGUGACAUACUCUGUCCUCCAGUCCUAACCCUGAGCAUAGAGGGCUGAGGAUUGGGAGGAAUACCUAUAGACCAAAGAAAAAAUAGAUCUAAGGGCCUGGCAAGUUGCCCACUCCUAUCCCUGGUCUAGCUGCCCCAGAACUAAAGGAGGCCCUCAACCAACAAGUCACUCAUUUCCAGAUUAGAUGAGGCUAGCUGUCCUUUGGAUAUCCCAGAAAGAGGUGGUGGCAACAACGGCAUGAGGGAUCCCUCUAUAACUCCACACGUGGGGUCAUCUGCACUGGAUUAGAAGUCCAUUUCAAAUUGUGCGUCAUCUGGAGAAAGAAAAAGCAGGGCUAGUUGCUGGUCUGAGGGUCUGUAGGCCUGUGGCCAGCGCGGAAGCCCCUCUUGGAAUUGAACCCCACUCUACUUCACAGAGGCAUCUGAACUCAAAGGAUGAGGCAUUUCCUAAUUUUAGAUGCUUUCCUUACCGGGUAUCUCUUCCUCUGUCUCCUUCUGCUCCUUCAGCAACUCCAGUUUGGAGGGUAGGGCUGGAGGAGUUGUGACCCCGGGAAUCUGAGGGAGGCAGCCGGGGGGUGUCCGAGCAAUGGGUGAGUUCUUGCACUCCAGCAGGAACUUUCGGUCGUAGAUGAUCCUGGUGCCUGUUAAGGGGUAGAGGCUGAGGUUAAGAGCCAGGAACUUGGGUUCAAAGGUGAUUAGGGUCCCCGGCAUAGGCCUUUUAAGGACUGUCACAUUUCCCUUUGUGUAGAAUAUCUGCUGUGCAGACUAACUAGGAUCUCUGACAGGGCUUCACUGCACUGGAAGACCACCAGACCUAACCAAGAUGUGUCUAAGAACCACAAAGCAACUGGGCAUCCCAGCUAAACCAGGGGACUUAGGUUUGGGUAAGUUUCAGGUCUUGGCUCUUAAAAAGAGCACCAAACUUUGAGCUCAGAGACUGCUACUCAGCUCUGGCACUUUCUUGGUUUGGUUUACAAGGUGGGGUGUAACUUCACCCUCAGAUUAAAAAGCCAAACAGCAGCUGUGAAGGGGGCGCUCGCUCACCUCCCACAAAGAGAAGCUGUGUUCCUCCAGAUACCUGCUUUCCUUGUGGAACACAGACACACUGUUCUUAUCCUGACCACUCUCAAGUCCUAGAAGUCUCAAUACUAGCUCAAGGGAAACUGGCGAGCAUGGUGUCCUUAAAGGGAGCUGCCUUGUUCGCGCCCCUCCCCCUUUAUCUCACCUGGGCAGGAAUCCCUGAGGCGGGAACCCAGCCGCUCAAGUUCCUAGGCUGCUGACCCAACCCCACAGCCAGCUGCAGAUACCUGAACACCUACCCCCACAGCUCUAACCAAGAUUUGGUGCUUCCUGCUCAGGCUGCCUUCCCCUGGGACCUAGGCUCCUACUCCCAGGAAGCUAAUUUGCAAAAGUAAGAGCAUACGGAAGACCCCCAGAAAAACAGGCCACUGUGAGAAAUCAACCCAGAGUCACCGGAAACUGGAUUUAAGGCGCUGUUCAGCCACUUCCAGAUUUUGGGACACUUAAGUUUCGGUUUCAAACACCCUCUCGCAAACCUACAAUCUGCAGAGGGGCCUGCGGAUAAGUCUAAGGGCCACACCUUCCCACUCGCGCCCGCAACAGCACGCACGCGCUGGUUUGCCCGCACUCUGAGGACCCCGGCGCGGCCCGCUGACCUCCCGGGGUUGUGGCGUAUAGCGUGCCCCCUGGCGUGGUGCUGUAGCAGUCGGGCAGCUGUUCCCGGCCCCUGGGAAUCGGGCAGCUCGUGGACGUGGACAUAGCAGACAAGAAGUGCUGGAAGGCAACCGGCUGGUGGUGUGGACGCGGAAUACUGCUGAAUCUGAGGCGGACUUAGUUGACCACGUGCGUCCGCAGGCAACAACACUAGGACGACGUCACGCCCGGGGCGGGCCACUGCUGUCAUUCAACCUGACGGCGCCGCCUACUGGCUAGGGAGCAACCUGGCUCCUUGAAGGUUGGAGAGGAUCUAUGACUGCACAAACUUCCAGAUCCACCUGGUGCAACACUUGCCAACCUCCCUCUGAACACUGUAACAGCGCAGCUGUUUACUGCUUACACCUGGGCUCCUGGGACAGAUGAGGUACAGCAGAACUAUUCUCAUAAGUUUUGAACAGUAAAGCACUAUUAUUAGCCAUAUUUUACAAUGAGGCAAAUAAGCCCAGAAAGUCAAGUCUGUUUCAAAGUAACAUCUUGUUGGACGGAAAAUUAGGAUUCAGACCUAAGUGUAUGUGACUCCAGAGUCUGGGCCCUUCAACACAGCUGUGUACUGCUUGCUGUAAACAGUACACUGAGACUGGGGGCUUAGCUAAGUAGUAGAGCGAUUGAUUAGCAUUGGAGACCCUGGGUUUGAUUCCCAGCAGGGGGUGGGUGGGGAAUAAAUAAACAAUUGCUGUACAGGGUGAAAAUGCCUUGAUGAUCUUGACCAAGGCAGGAAGGCCCGGGAGCUUUCUGAAGAAAUGAUAUCUGGGCUAAUUAAAGGAUGAGUGGGCCCUGAGGAACAGAGGGAGACUGCAGUUUGAGAAAUCAAGAAGGGAGGCCUGGGCUUUUAGCUUCCUGGAAAGGAAGGUCAGUGGGAGUGUCUAAUCUUGGGGAAAUAAUGUUUUUUGUUUUUUUUUUUUAAUGGAGGUAUAGUGAUAUAACAGGCCAGAGAGAGGUGGUGGGAGAGUUAAGUACUAAGUCUAGUGUCUACAGACACAAAAAAUGUCAACUUCAUUCAGUUGUUCUGUUUGACUUCCUCAAAAUCAGCCCUGCUCCCACUACCUCCCAAAAUUAAGUACAGCACCUGAGCACAUGCAUAUACCAGUAUUACCUCAGCUGUGGCUUCAUUAGAAUUUCCCCUAGCUUUAAUUUUGCCCCUCAUUUUAAAAAAAUAUUUUAUAAAUAAGUGCUUCUCAAACUUUAAUGUUCAUAUAAAUCACCAGAAGAUCUUAAUGAGAAUUCUAAUAUAGUAGGAACUGGAGUGAGAUUCUGGAUUUUAAAUAUGAUCACAGGUAAUACAGCUGCUGUAGACUCUCAGAAUCACAUUUCAGGCAGCAAGGGUAUGUAAUUAAUUGUUCCAACAGAGGUUUUGAAGCAUCUUACAAAGUGGUGCACACCUAAAUUAAGUACAUUAACAGUGUUGGAGAGUAAGACUUGGGAACAAAUUAUAGAAAGUCAUCUGAUGAAUCAGCUUUUAAGCAAGGUGAGGAAAUAAGUCUGAUGGGAGAGGCAUGGGGUAAAGGAUCAUGAGAUUGAAGGUGGGGAGUCUAGCAUAGUGAAAGUUGGUGGGCAAAAGGGCAGUGGCUACAGGGAUCAAGAUAAACAUAAGAUUCAAAUACAAAGAGGAGAAAGGACAAGGUGAUUGAUUAAGGGUGGGAUGAAGGAAAUGAAGAUAAGCCAGGAUACUUCCCAAUCUUCUGGUUUGACAGCCUUGGUAGCUAGAAAGCUAAUAUAAUAGGGAAAACAAGACAAGGGGCAUAUCUCAUAUUGGGGAAUGAAUAGUUUGUGGAAUGCCCACGUGAAGUACAAUAAGGAGCUAGAUAUACUGGUCUGAAGUUCACAGGGAGAACUCAGGCUAGUGCUUCAUAUUUUGAGUGGAAUGAAAUCUAAGAGUAUGAGAGGAGAUCAUCUUGGGAGAAGAUACAGUGUAAGAUGAGCCCCUAAGCACAUCAACAUUUAAGGAAGGGGAUUCACCAAAACAGACCCUGAAAGAGCAGUCAGAAACAGAUCUAGGAGAGGUUUUCAAGAAGGAUCCAUGUAUAAGUGAAUUCUUCCUUCUAAAAAUCCCUACUACAAAACAACAGCAGCAGUUAUUACUAGUUAUCAGCAUGGCGCUAACAUUAUGGAGACAGUGGGUGCUGUAAGGAUCGAAGAACUAGAAAAAAGGUUGUUGGCUUUAGAGAGAAAGCCAGGUUCAUCAUCCAUGCAACCUGGAUGAAGGAACAAGAGUUUAAAUCAGAGAGUUAACACUAAUUACUCACUAGAUAUGGAAGCUUAAAAAAUACUUAUGCCCAGGCCCCACUCCUGGGAUCCCAUUAAACCUAUCAGAAAAUACCAGGUCUCUACCACUAGGCAAAUUGCUUGGAGCCACACCAAUACCAUCAAGAUGCACUUUUAGUAUGUGUGAGGCCCUGCUUUAGAUCACUAGCACUGUUAAAAAAAUAAAGGAAAAGAUAGGUAUGCAAUCAGAUAAUUUAUGAUCUUGCUUUUCAAAUUAGGUCUUGAAGCCAGGCUCAUGCCCUUUAUUGGAAGUGGUCUUAACACAAAGAGUUCUAAACUUAAAACCACCUUUUUCUCACUCCUUUUCUAUUAGAAGAGAGUGAAGGUGAAGGAACCUGCCUGUUGGAAAAGGACAAAUCACUAAAAGUGAAUUAAAAGUACAGCAUUAUCAGAGCCCUUCACUCCAGGACAGGGUCCACCAGGAAGACAUCACGACCAGUCAUACUUCUCGGUGAAAGUUCUUCUUGUUAGUCAGAGAACAAGAUGUUCAGAAGUUGUUUUCCUACAGGCUUGUUUGCCUCUUCCUGGGUUUACAGUGUAGUCCAAAGGUCUUCAACAGUGGGAUAUAAUCAUGUAUACCAAAUACUCCUCUCUGCUUGGCAUGAAACUAUCAUGAGCAGCUUUUCUCCUUCUACAAGCUCACUCUAACUAAGGAUUAGUGCACUAGUCCCUUUGUGCACUAGUUUUGAGAUUGGGAAGAGGAUUUGGUCAGAAUCUACAUAAGAAGAUGGAUACUAUAAUUCCAAGUCCUGAAAUUUCUUACCUCUGGUUAGGAGAGGCCACCAUUGGCUGUCCAACUCUCUUCUUUGGUCUGGUUAGCUGAGGUGAUGGGAUUUCCCCUUUGAGAGCAGGGACUGAAGAAAGCAGACUGGCCUAUAAAAGGGCAAGUCAGCACACUGUAGCCAUAAUAAGUUUAAAGGGUCUUACAACAUCAAUAAUUUUAUUGAUGGAGGAAUUUUAUUAUACUGAACACUCUUUGAAAUAAGUGGGUCUGGAAACCUUAAUGAUAUAGUUUUAGUCCGUGAAAGAGCUGUUACUCUCAUGAAGUUUGACUUGUGCCUUAGCAGGAUGUUUCUUAAUAACUUGAGGGCUUAAUACGGAUGUGCAAGGUUUUCUUCUUCUUUCACUAAAAUCUCAAAAAUCAAUAUUUAACCCCAGAAUAGCAGGCUUUUCUUUUGACGUCAGAACCAAACUUCAGUACUAUAAAUAUUUUAAUAGUUUUCAGUACUCCCAGACUGUAUAAUCUCAUUCACAAGAAAAAUGAGAAAAUUUAUGUUAGAACUAGAGGACUCUUUUUAAGUUUCAUUUAAGUUCAGUUUCAUUUUCAGAUGAUGAAAGUGAAGCCCAGAAAGGUAAAAUGACAUGCUGAAAGUCACAGAGAUUCAAGUGGCAGAAAUGAAAAUAGAAUUUAGGCUUCUGACUCUUGUUCCACCGUACCCCAUACUGCCUCCCCCCAUAUCCCUUGUAUAUUUUGAAAGUAAUCAAGUUCUUACCUGAGCUAGGUUUUAUCCAAUGUUCAGGUUGGUAAAAUAGCAGUAAAGUAAUGCCAGGAAGAGGCAGGCAGAGGAAGAACAGAUUAUAGCAGGCGAAAUGGGGUUGGGAGUAGGCUACCAGGAUCCAAAUAGAAAGAAAGGAAGGCAGGGCUGAUAAGAGAGAAGUAGUUUCUAAGAAACUACUUCCACUGUACAAUUCCUGUUUCUUCCUAAUUCUUGGAGGGUUUCCUCCCUCCUUUCUCUUUAUGGGUUCUAAUUCCUGACUAGAGAUAAAGUUUCUCAUUGUGUUGUAUUCUCAGUGCAGAUUUAAGGGUUCCUCAGACAAUUCAAAUAUAUUAUAGUUACAAUAGAACCAAACUCACCUUUUUGCCCCACUGAAUAAUUUACUUAAUAUUAUCUCUCACUAGCACAUAUUUCAUCAAGAGUACUUAGUUUCAUUCAUUUUACUGAUUUUAGGUGAUUAUGCAGGUGAUCUAACCACGGCCCCCGCCCCAGGGUUAGGGGGCCUCUUGAUAAUAUUUGAUGUGGUUAUCAACCACUACAAAAGCAAUAACUUUGAUGUGAUAACUUUCAAAAUCCAUUAAAAAUAGAAAAUAAGAAAUGACCUUAGUAAUCUUUCUCUUACAUAAGAUGAUUUGGAAGACAAAAGAACAGCUUAUGUCUAACAUGGAACAAACAUGGUAUAUCUGAUCUGGUGCUGGCUUUAGGACCUGGGCAGAGAAGAUUAAGAAUUCCUGUUAUGAGAGCAGAAAAGUGCUGCUUGUACAGUUUUCCCCCUAGUUACUCCUCUUUUUUUGUACAUCCUCUCUUGCUUUCUCUGCCCACCCCAAACAUUUUCUUACUUUCUUUUUAAUGUUGCUUAUACAUAAGAUGAAGAGAUUCAACUACAUUAAAACAUAAACAGAUUGAUGAUUAUACUUUUCAGUGAGAUCAUUUUUGCUUCUCUAUUGCACCAGCUUCUUGGCAUACCCUUUGGUUUGCCCAACCCAUUCCAGUGUUUCUGUGUUUAAUUUGUUAAAACAUACUGACUCUUCAUACUUGGGUCCAUGGAACUAAACUCAGAAUGAGUCACAUAUUUAUAAACAUUACUUAGCUGAUUCAACAAUACAACAGAGUAACAGGAGUUGUCACAACCCAAAUAGAAUUUAAAACGCCCAUAACCAAUUAUAGCUUUUAGAUUAAUAAGAGUCAGGAAGCACAAAAAAAACCCUCAAGUUGAUGAUUUGGGUGUGCCUAAACUUGUUCAUUGUUAACUGAUUUAAAUCCAGAAGUUCUUAUUGACAUAUUCAUGAUCCAUAAAAAAGAGUGAAACUUAUCAGUGGCCUAUGUGCUAAAGUCAGAGAAGAUACACUGCCAGGGCUUGAAUUUUCUCACAAGUAAAAUGAUGUGGAAGACAACAAGGGAACAGGAAUAUUUAACGUAAUAAAUAGAUAAGUCUUAAAAGUGCUUUUUCAAGGAAGUCUAGGAACAAACUCUAAAGUGUAAAAUGUGAGAAACAUGGUACAUAAUGUUAAUAAUCUGGUUCAGUAUGAUUGUAGAUUGGGCAAUACCUCCAUGACCACUGAAAGGAUCACACCCCACUUCUAAACACUGUUCAUCUUUUUAUUGAAUAUUCUGGUAAAUAUUUCACAUUAAUACAGGCUACAUUAAGUAGAGCCACUAUAUGACAAGAAAUUUACUCAACUUUUUCCUUUCCAGUAUGUAAACAAUUAUACAUGUAUUUACCACCCUAAAAGGUUGAAACAUGUAAUCAUCUAAUUCUCUUCUGCAUACAAGUAGCAUUCGGGAUGUUUAGCCAAAAGCACUAAGUUCAUCUGAUCUUAAGUUGAAAAUGGCUAAACUAACCAGAGAACAUAAUCAGGUGGAUAGGAAAUCAAUUUGUUCUUAUACAAUGGGAAAUCAAAUUUCCAUUGAUAAAGCCUCAGAGAAAAUUUCUUAGUUAGGCACAUUAAAAAAAAGAAAAAAAAAAAAAGUUCCCCAGGGUUCUUCCAAGG